AAUUCAAGAACUCGAAGAUUGGAACUGGAAUUAUUUAAUCCUCAGUAAAGAGUUGAUUGCGCCAAAAAAUGGCGCUCCAUCUCAGCCGUCCACUUUCAGCCCUUCUCAAUUUGAAUGCGGUCUCCGCUAAAUCACCACCGUCGACCAAAUUCAAAAUUUCCUGUUUCGCUUCUCACCAAUCGAAUAAGUGUAAGCGGGAGUACACGAGCGUGAUGAUAGUGCCGACAGGGGUAGGAGCCGCCAUUGGUGGUUACGCCGGUGAUGCUUUGCCUGUCGCUCGCGCUUUGUCCUCCGUCGUUGAUUGCCUCAUCACACAUCCUAAUCAAACCUAUGAGCAUGCAGUAUAUAUUUCACUCUGUAGAAUGGCACAGGUGCUUAAUGCUGCAAUGCUCUACUGGCCCAUGCCUAAUGUGUUAUAUGUUGAAGGUUAUGCUCUUGACCGGUUUGCUGAAGGAUUAUGGGCCCUAAUGCCUAUUCACCAAAACAAGGUGGGAUUGGUUCUUGAUGCUGGAAUAGAGCCAGAUCUCCGUUUGCGCCAUUUACAAGUGGCUGAUGCGGCUCGGGCUUCCCUUGGAUUGCCCAUUGUGGAAUAUAUCAUCACCGAUACACCAUUGAAGGUAGAAAAAUGGGUUGAUCCAAAAACUGGGCAGUCAACAGGAAGGAUCAGAAACCCCAAUUCAUUACUGCAAGCUGUGCAGACUUUAGUUGACCGAGCACAAGUGAAUGCCAUUGCAGUUGUGGGACGCUUCCCAGAAGAUGAUGUUGACGAUGUUGAUGAUUAUCGGCAAGGAAUGGGAAUAGAUGUAUUGGCCGGAGUGGAGGCUGUUAUAAGCCAUCUAGUGGUGAAGGAAUUCCAGAUUCCUUGUGCACAUGCUCCUGCUUUAUCUCCUCUUCCAUUGACUCAAUUCCUUAGCCCUAAAUCAGCUGCUGAGGAGAUAGGGUAUACAUUUUUGCCAUGUGUACUAGCUGGGCUGAGUAACGCACCACAGUACUUGGCCAAGAGCUUUGAAUCUUCGGGGAGUAGUUGCAUAUUGGCAAGUGAUGUUGAUAGUGUUGUUCUUCCCAUUGAUGCUUGUGGAGGAGAUGGUGCUCUUGCUUUUGCAACCAGCAAAAGAAAAAAGCCUCUUAUAAUUGCUGUAGAGGAAAAUGAAACAGUUCUCAACGAUACACCAGAUAAAUUUGGGAUUGAAGUGGUCAAGGUUUCAAACUAUUGGGAAGCUAUAGGUGUUAUUGCAGCACACAAAGCAGGAUUAGAUCCGCAUUCUCUCCGAAAAGAUAGAAUCAGCAACAUUAGCUGCACUUCUGGUAUGCUGACAAAUGGUACUGCAGUUUCUAGAGCCACGCCAAUCACUCGAUAGAAGUAUGAGUUCUAAUUUCUUUUUAUUAAAGUUAUAAAAUCAAAAUUAUGAUUUUUGAUUCAUUUCACACCAGGUGUUAGCACUUUUUUGUUUCUUUCUUCUUUUCUUAAUCUGUCCAUUAUUUUCCUGGCGGUUAGAAAUGAGGUCACUGAAGGUGUCAUUCAAUAUUAGAAACAAAGCUCAUGGUAAAACAUAUUGUCAUGUCGAAUCUGCUGAUGAAAAAAUAUAUUGAUUGUUGGGUUGGUGAAACAGAUGAAAGUGGGGACAACUUUUGAUUCCAAAUGCUUACCUUUAAUCCAGAAAAAAUCAGAUUUGGUAUCUUGA